AUGGACCUGAAGAGGAAUCCUGGCAGAAUUUCUUGUCCAGGCUCAGCUGCAGUCCGGGUGACUGAUUUGAGCUGGCAAGGCAACCUAAAUCCGAGUCCACUGAUUAAAGAUGACGGAGAGUUACUUAUGGAUGAAUACCUUUCCCCCAGGAAACUGAAAAUUUUGACAGGGGUAGAUGAUCUGCAGCAAGUGAAGGCCCUAGAGGUGCAAGUAGAUACAAGAGAGAACAGCUUGGGAAACUUUGGUGCCUAUCUACCUAAUCUGAGAGAACUGAAGUUAAACAAUAGCUUGCUUGUGUCUGUGAGGGAUCUUGGAACAACGUUGUCCCAUCUCCACAUCCUGUGGAUGGCUCACUGUGGGCUCUCAGAUUUAGAUGGGAUCUCUUCCUGCAGCUCUCUGAAAGAACUCUACAUAGCUUAUAACAAUAUCUCUGACCUGAGCCAGCUGACCUGGUUGGAUCACCUUGAGGUUUUGGACCUGGAAGGGAACAAUAUUGAGGACAUCAACCAGAUGGAGUACCUGGGACUUUGUUGCAAGCUGAGCCGCCUGACAGUGGAGGGCAACCUUAUUUGUCUGAAGCCAAAUGCAGAAUCUGCAGAGGAACCAGAUUAUAAUUACAGAGCUGAAGUAAAAAAACUCAUUCCCCACUUGGAGUAUUUGGAUGAAAUACCAGCAAGCCAGACAGCUCUCCUUCCUUCCAAGAAGAUGCAUGAGGAUUGGCUAAUCAUCAAGGAAUCCAUCAAGGAAGGUGGUUUAGCUAGAGACAUUUCAUGGUUAGAUCCAUAUCUUGGGGCAGUAGCAAGGCAGACUGGAUGCAGCCCAAGACCCCCGACAACUACCAGACCUGGAACUGCACAGUGGUCUGCUAAUGCAGGGAGAUCUAGCAGUGCCUGCCUCUUGUAUGGCGGCUGUCCUCUUCCAAAUCCCGCUGUUUCUAAAAAGCUGUUCACAGUAGAUGACUCCAGUGAUUUGACACAUGGACUCAGUCAAGUUAUAUGUGGGAACCCUACCAAGGCCCUGCAUGCAAGGAGGCAAAAGCUGGGUGCACCUGCAGUGAGCCCUUUGAAACUGUGCAGUCUGAGGACAGAAAACCUUUACGCCUCUGGAAGAGGAGGAGAUCUGCACCAGGAAGAUAUGUUCUCUGAACUAAGAGUAUGGAGAGAGCAGCACAAGCGGUGCCAGCAAACAGGUCAGCAAGAAAAAGCCGCCCAAGCACUGAAGGUAUCUCUUAGCGAUGAGGAAGAGACCUGUGAUGAGGACCUCAUUGAAAGGAUUUCACUUGAUUCUUCUUGCCACUCCUCUCCAGGUUCAUCACAGGCUCAGGGUGCAGGGUUUACCAACCUGAACCAUUGUCUAAUUCCAUCCCCUCCAAAAAGCCCUUCACCUGCAUCUGUAAUGGGUGUUGCAGCAAGACCCAGGAAAAUGAGAAACUACAGGGUAAGAUGCCUAAAAAUACCCAGCCAAGAGGAGGACAGGCAGUGGACACAGCAAUGCCACUCAAGGAUUCAUCAAGAAACUUCAGCCCAGCCUCUGCACAAAGAACUUGCUCUCCAGAGCCAGCACAGCGUGCCAACUGCCUCUGGAUGCCGAGGGAAGCGCCAGCCUGCUUGGAGCAUCAGUCGGCAAAGUCCUGUUUCAGGACCAGCAACUGUUGGUUCAACAAGCAUCAGGCCCAUCAUGGAUGAGAGCACUCCUGAAGAGAUCAACCACCACAAGCCAGCUGUCUACUCAUCCUCAAAAGCCUCGGAGAGGUUUGGGCUGAUGAACACUGCCCGGCCCCUGACUGCCAGGGCCAUGCUGCAGUCAUUGUCAGACAGACCCACUGCCUCAGCAACAUCUCAGAACAAAAGUCCCUGGUCCUAG